AUCAAUCAAACGGCGUCUGACAAGAAAACAACAAAAUAAACAUCCUGUUAAAAGUUUCAAGAAGCGAGACCUGUCAUCGACAAAAUCCAGCCUUACGCAUGCGUUUGCCUUUUAUUUGCUCAGUUUCGUUGGCAGACAAAUUGAACAGAAGCAUGUUUCCGACAUCCGACGGUUGUUUGGCGAGGCGUCUUGAAAAAGCGCUCCUCGAAAAUCGAGAACAGGUUUGUGUCCUAAGUGAAAACCUCAUCUGAAGGGCUGCGGACGAGUCAAGCAUGAAGCCGGCAUGGAAAAUCUAUCUACUAAAUCAAAGAAAGGAUCGAUGAUCUUGCGAUGACCUUUGUAAAAAGGAUUCUUUCACUCCGAAGAUGAGCGAUCUGAGAGUUUGGGUGGAUGGAGUUGAGCGAGUUGUACGAGGAGCCCACGAGGAUACUACAUGCGAAAACAUCUUGCUCGCUCUCGCGAACGCCACGGGAAAGCUAGGAAGAUUUGCCUUGCUCGAAAAAUGGCGCGAUCUCGAGAGGAUUUUGCCGCGAGAAGCGAAGCCCAUGAAAUGCUUGCAGAUGUGGGGAAAACAAGCGAGCGAAGUCAAGUUUGUUUUGAAAUUAAUGAAAGACAAAUCAACUCCAAAUGCGGCUGCAAUAGGCGGAAAAGAAUUCUGUUAUGACGAAGAAAACACAACUGGGGAUCCUUUUUAUCGAUCUUUUGAACAGAAGUCUUUGGAGAGAGUUGUUACAAAUCAAUCCAAUAAACUGAAACGUAUCGCGCGUGAUUUGGAAAUCGUGCAGUUGCGGAUUGACUGUUGCGUCGAAGACGAGGAAAAUUAUUUAUACUACACUGAAGAAGAAAUCACCGAGGACAGAAUCACUAAACUCGGGCAGGUUUUAAAACUUCAAGCGAAGGAACUAGCAGUCGAGGAAACUUGUGCGAACGAACUCGCGAAAGAACGCACUCGUCGAGAAAAACUUCAGUUCGAGCUUCAAGAUCAGACGAGUAAGCUUCAUCAUUUAGAUGUUCACAUUUCGGAUUUGGAAAACGUCGGCACAAAAAUUUAUUCUGUGCGUUCUCCACACGAAUCAAAAUCUGACAGUAAUACCUCUGGCGUCAGUGUCAACGAUCUGGAAGACCUUGCUCAAGAAAUAGCAUUAACAAGGGACGAAUUGACAAAACAAAGAGAGCUCGCCGAUCGCCAAACCGAAGAAGUAGAAAACAUCAAAAAGUCGUUCACCGAACUCGAAAGUAUUUCCCGUCAAAAACUGGUGCAGUUAGACGCGUUGAAAGGCGAGCCUUCGCCGUCGCCGGAAUUAAGCCUAUCUUACUACGAUUUAGACAAAAAUCUUCAAAUGGACGUCGAACAAGACACUUCAUUAAAUUUCCCUGACGAUAAGCUCUUACUGCUUGAUAAAAUCAAGUUAAUGAGUCCUGCGGUUUCUCCCUCGCCAUCCCGAAAUGGGACCCAUACAGGCCUUUCAUCACCUGGAACCGUGGUCUCGCGAAAAUCUGCUCGACGCAGAAUCGGAGGAUUUGACGUUGCAGCAGACGAACCCGGAGUAUUUGUCUGACAUUGUG